GGCUGCACAAGUUUUCUUUAUGAUGACGGCACGGCACGACAGGCACGAAGGCAGUCAGCGCACACGCGUGGCACACACAGACACGUGCUGGCAACCGUUAUGGUACACACACACACCACAAACCGGUCAGUCAGUCAGCGACCGCCCUCCCCUCCUGCACUAUAGCGCUGCAAACCCAUCGGACUCACUUCGCACCCCAAUGUCGUGCUCAUCCCCUACGUCAUCCCCUUCGCCCUCUCCCUCGCUCCAAACCAACUCAUCAGCCAACUGCAGCCGCGGCAACGGCGAAAACGGCGCCAAAGGGGACCAAUGUCCGUCUCCGUCGCUAUCGCUGCUCUUUCUCGCCUGCACUCGAAACGGUGUGGUUGUGCUCUUGGCCAGCAGGGCAUCAAACUCGUCUAUGGCAUGCCUCACCGCAUCAAAAUGCGACUUUGGCAGGGCUGCGAAGGCAUCGCCUCCCCCUCCCCCUCCCCCUGCACCUUGCUGACGCACCCCAAAGGAACACGCCAGGUCGUCCAGCAUGGCCUUGAGCGCCCCCAUCUCUCCCCCACCAACAGUACUACCACCCCCACCCCCACAACCGCCCUCGAUGCUGUCGAGCUCUUGCCGCAUCGCACACCAAUGCGCCCGGCCGUCAGAGAAGAAGUUGGGCACAUCAGCCGGCCCUCGCGAACGAGAGAUGUGUGUGGUUGAGGGGUUUGGCGGGUGGCGUGCGACGGGGGAGUGCUGCGAUGGGGCGGCAGGGGGUGCAGGCGGGCCCGGGUCGAGGAGGGUGUUGAGCGAGGAGGGGAGAGAGCAGAAGGAGGCCGUGGGGGUGGGGGCUGGGGGGGUUGGCCUGGUGGGAUGCCGAGUGUUGCUCUUGCUUCGCUCAAAGGCGCGGAUGUGGGCCGUCAGGACAUCGAUACAUGAGUAGCUCUUGACCUGACGCGCACUGCAGAGGAGAAAAGAAAGGCAUGUGGGUGGAUGGAUGGAUGGAUGGAUGGGCGUUCGGGGUGGGGUGCCUACAGGUGCAGUGGCUCGAGGCCUUUGCGGUUUGGCAGGUGUGGGUCAGCGCCCUUGAGCAGCAGGUACUUGCACACGUCGGCAGCCCCUCUCGCCACCGCCCACAGCAGCGGCGUACGCCUCUUGCUAUCAUACCUAAGGAGGAACCAAGAACGGACAAAAGGAUCAUCAUUUGCAAAUGGGUGGGCUCCCUCCCCUCCCGGCUGCCGCCUUCGGGGCUGUGCUCUGCUCACUUGUCGAUGGACGCCAGUGCGCCGUUAUCGAUGAGCAGCCGACAUAACUCCACACAACCGCUACCACUCGCCCAAUGCUGGAUGGUGUGAUUGAUGUAUCCCACACACACAUACACACAGGUGUCAAUGACUGAGGAAGAGCGGUGUGGCUGACCCACCAGGGCAGAUCGCUGCAUGUCAUCUUCAGCCGUCGCCGCCGUGGCAGCCGCGGCACCAGCCAGCCCCUCCGCCCUGCGCAAGAAGCUCUCAGCAGCCGGGAGGUGCUCGGAGAGAACCACAUCGACUGCAGAGCGAUACCCCGCCGCCCUGAAGUUGCCCGUGGUGUCCCAGUUGGCCGCCACAAAGAAGGCGUCCUGGCAUGUCUGUCAUACGUAUGACACACACACACACCGCAGGAAUUGAACGAGGAGAAGCCAGUGACGAGAAGGUGAGUUCCGUUGAACCAAUCGCGUUGAACCUUCAGGACAGCGUCUGACGGCGAUGUUGUUUCCUGAAGCUUCAGGAACUGGCUCAGCAACGAGCCCUUCGCAAUGGCGUCGCUCAUCGAUGCGAUGUGGGCGGCCGGUCGG